AUGCCGUACCCCGAUGAGGCUGAGGGUUUCCAGGUGGAUGGACCUAGCACUUUUACUCAGUUUCACAAGCGCUUCUACAAGCUGAAGCCCUUUGGUGACUAUGACGUUGAUGUGAAGAUCGAGGCCUGCGGUGUGUGCGGCAGCGAUGUCCACACCGUUAGCGGUGGAUGGGGAGAACAGAAGUUCCCUCUGUGCGUCGGCCACGAGAUCGUUGGUCGUGCCAUUCGCGUCGGCCCCAAGGUCACCUUGAUCAAGGAGGGCCAGCGCGUCGGCGUCGGCGCCCAGUCAUACUCGUGCGGCGAGUGCAAGCAGUGCCGCAACGAGAACGAGACAUACUGCCCCGUGCAGAUGAUGGACACCUACGGCUCGGAGUGGCCUGAUACCGGCAUCGUGAGCCAGGGCGGGUACUCAUCGCAUGUGCGCACGCACGAGCACUGGGUGUUCCCCCUCCCCGACGCCCUGGACAGUACCAAUGUGGCGCCGAUGCUCUGUGCCGGCCUGACCGCGUACUCGCCGCUGGUCCGCAACGGCGCUGGCCCCGGCAAAAAGGUUGGUAUCGUGGGGCUGGGCGGCAUCGGCCACUUCGGUAUCAUGUUUGCGAAGGCGCUUGGUGCGGAGACCUGGGCGAUCUCGCGGUCGCGGGCGAAGGAGGCGGAUGCGCGGAAGCUCGGCGCGGAUGGAUACAUUGCGACCGCUGAGCAGGGUUGGGAGGAGCCGCACAAGUUCUCGUUCGAUCUGAUCAUCAACUGCGCCAACUCGUCUGAGGGCUUCGAUCUCGCCAAGUACCUGUCGAUGAUGGAUGUGCACGGUCGCUGGGUCAGUGUUGGCCUGCCGGAAGAGGAGGGUCAGGUCAUCAAGGCCCAGUCCUUGAUUGCUAAUGGUGUUCUCAUCGGUGCCAGCCACCUGGGCAGCCGCCGGGAGAUGCUGGAGAUGCUGCAGCUGGCUGCGGACAAGGGGCUGAAGAGCUGGGUGGAGGAGAUUGCUAUCGGCGAGGAGGGGCUGAAGGAGGCCAUGCUGCGCAUGAAGAAGGGUGACGUUCACUAUCGCUUUACUUUGACUGGGUAUGAGAAGGUUUUUGGUUGA